UAUAAAUUGAGAGGUGAGUUCUUGGUGAACUUCAAAGGAAACACUGAAAAGGCACUGUCUCUUUCUUUUUUUUAUUCAGUUCAUAAUAUCUUCCUUUAAUAUAUAUUGAAGAAAGGAGUGCGUGCAUAUUGUAUGGCCGCCAAUUCGAAGAGUACUCAAGGGAUCGCUAGCUUGGGAAAGCGAGUCGUUAAGCAGAUCUGGACCGUUAAUAACUCUUCUCGCUUUGCUGCUGCUGGUGCUUCCACAGCUGCUAGGAGGGCAACACACACAUCUGCAUACGACAAGAACCUUGACGAUCAAGUGCGUCCAAGUGUGGUCCCGGAUGAAGUGAUCCAGCCCCUUUCUGAUAAAUACUGGGCUCCUCACCCGCAAACUGGUGUUUUUGGGCCUGCCACCGAGCCAAACUCGGGGGCAGGCGGAGAGCGUGGCUUCUCUACUUCACCUGCUAAGGCAGGUAACGAUACGGUGUUGGAGGAAAAGGCCUGGUUCCGUCCCACCAGUAUUGAGGACUUGGAGAAACCCCACCACGUUUGAGAGACUCUGUCUAUAUUACAUAUAUAUAUAUAUAUAUAUAUAUAUAUAUAUAUAUAUAAGGCCUAAGUUUGCCCUAGUCUAUAUACAGUAGUGCCAAUAAAUGCUGUGAAAUAUUACCAGCUUGGUGUGAAACUGGGUACAUAACUCAAACUUUCAUGUUUGUUUGCGGUUUUCGCAUGGGUGAUGAUGGGCGGAUGGCUGUGGAUUAUGUAUUCACGAAAUCCUUCUAUAAAAUACUCGAUCUGUUUGUUUGUGA